UCGACAAAAAACACAGACAGAGAGAGAGAGAGAGAGUGUGUGUGUGUGUGUGUGUGUGUGUGCGCGCGGGAAAGGGCAGCGGGGACAGCGGGUGCGGCGCGGGCCUUGUGCGCCUGCUUGCCUGACAGUGUGGAUGAUGGCGCACCUCUUGGAUGAGCUGCUUUUGAAGCAGCCAGAGGCCUUUGUGGAGCUCGUGUAUGCCGAGCCUGCGGCCGUCCUCUCCAUCUAUCAACGCCUCUCGGGCCCGGCCCGGCAUUUACUGUUGCGCUUUCUGUACCAGCCCGAUGCAACUCUGGACAAGAAGCAGUUUGCAGCCUACUUUCUCAAAGACGAGGACGCCGAAACUGUGCGCAUCGAGCUCACGCAGCGCUUUCUGUUGAAGACCAUGACGGAUGGCAUGCUCACCUUUGGCUCUGUCUUCCUGGAUUCUCUCCGAACUGCACUGGCUGGCCGCACGGACGCCCCAGAUCAGGCCAUGCCGCCGCCGAAAAAGGCCUCCGAAGUCACGCCUGCGUUUUUGGAAGAACAUUCUCGUGUCAGCUGGGAGGCCAUCCUCAGCUACAUGACAACCAAUGCCGAGCUCAAGAACAGCACCAUGAUUUUGAUAUUGCAAGAGGCGCAGCUCAUUGUCAACGAUCAGCCACCCAUCUCUGUGACGCCAGAAGGCUUCCAGUUUCUUUUGCAGGAUCGAGCUAACCAAGUGUGGCUGCUCAUUGUCACUUUUCUCAAACUUCUCUCCCGGGAAGAGCCCAUACCCGGGGAGGGCCUGCCCAUGCACGAAGCGCUUGUUCUCCUUUUUCGCAUUGGCCUGGGCCGUUUAAACGAGGUAUCCGUCUUGGAAUUCUCUGCCGAGAAUCUGACCACGAUGCAGAUUACGUUUCUGCGCCAACUUCAUUACAUGGGUGUCGUCUAUCACCGCAACCGUAAAUCCAAGCGUUUCUUUUUGACCCCUUAUGCUGUCAUGCUCUACCACAAUGCCGAGCUCGCGCUCUCUCAAACCGAGACCGGCUUUCUCUUGGCUGAAACAAACUUUCACGUGUAUGCCUACACGGACAGCGCAGUCAAAGUGGCUCUCCUCUCCAAGUUUGCAACGCUGACGUAUCGUCUUCCCAUCAUGACCACCGCCAUCAUCACCCGUACUUCGGUGCGUCGAGCCCUAAGCCAAGGCAUUACUGCCGAUCAAAUAUUGCGCUUCAUGCAGAGAUCCUCGUUGUUGCUCCGCCACCAUGACGAGACAGCACCCACUCGACCCACCUCGCCACAACACGCCACGCCCUAUUCGUGCAUGCUUCUCUCUCCUCCCUCUUUUGACUUUUUCAAACAUGGGCUAAUCCAAAUAGGUGCAUGCGAGCCCCAUGAUGCGAGCCAAGAACAAGAACCCAAAUGA